GCCACUUCUCCCGACGCGCGCCCCGCCCUCCCCAGCUGUGCACCCUCCGUCCAGCUGCGCACAAGUCGGGAGUCCCAGACAUGUCGGCGGAGAGAGAGGUAGCCGAGGCGGCCACCGUGGUGGCAGCGGCCGAAGCAGGGGCCGGAGAAGACGUCCCUUCUCAGCCCCCGAAAGCCGAGGUAGCUGGCGACGCCCAGCCACCCGCGCCUUCCGAGGGGGCCGCGGCCGAGUCGCAGACGCCGCUGCGCUGCCUGGUGCUCACGGGCUUCGGCGGCUACGACAAGGUGAAGCUGCAGAGUCGGCCGGCUGUGACCCCGGCCCCCGGGCCCGGCCAGCUGACGCUGCGCGUCCGGGCUUGCGGGCUCAACUUCGCCGACCUUAUGGCCCGGCAGGGACUGUACGACCGGCUGCCGCCUCUGCCCCACACUCCGGGCAUGGAGGGCGCCGGCACAGUGGUCGCAGUGGGCGAGGGAGUCAAUGACCGCAAGGUGGGGGACCGGGUGAUGGUGUUGAUUCGGUCAGGCAUGUGGCAGGAGGAGGUGACUGUGUCCGCAGCCCAGACCUUCCAGAUGCCUGAGGGCAUGACCUUUGAGGAAGCUGCUGCCUUGCUGGUCAAUUACAUCACAGCCUACAUGGUCCUCUUUGACUUCGGCAACCUACGGCCUGGCCACAGCGUCUUGGUACACAUGGCUGCAGGGGGUGUGGGUAUGGCCGCCGUGCAGCUGUGCCGCACAGUGGAGAAUGUGACGGUGUUCGGCACGGCUUCGGCCAGCAAGCAUGAGCUGCUAAAGGAGAAUGGGGUCACACACCCCAUCGACUACCAUACGACCGACUAUGUGGAUGAGAUCAAGAAGGUCUCCCCCAAAGGAGUGGACAUCGUCAUGGACCCUCUGGGUGGGUCAGAUACUGCCAAGGGCUACAACCUCCUCAAACCCAUGGGCAAAGUGGUCAUCUAUGGGAUGGCCAACCUGCUGACCGGCCCCAAGCGGAACCUGAUGGCCCUGGCACGCACUUGGUGGAACCAGUUUAGUGUGACGGCAUUGCAGCUGCUGCCAGCCAAUCGAGCGGUGUGCGGCUUCCACCUGGGCUACCUGGAGAACGAGGCAGAGCUAGUCAGUGGCGUGGUGGCCCGCCUCCUGGCUCUGUACAACCAGGGCCGCAUCAAACCCCACAUUGACUCUGUCUGGCCCUUUGAGAAGGUGGCGGAUGCCAUGAGGCAGAUGCAGGAGAAGAAGAAUGUGGGCAAAGUCCUCCUGGUGCCUGGACCCGAGAAGGAGAACUAGGGCCGGGGCUGGCAGACCCUCGGGACCUGGGAAGAGAGAAGCUAGGGAGCCACAUUGUGUUGGUUGCCAGACUCUCUUACAUUUCGUCCUCCUCAACGCUCUCUGACCACUCGCCCCCAAAGGUCUCCGUGGUAAUGACCUCGCCCCUGCCCUGUUCUUUCUCCUUAGGCAGGGCCCCCUCCCCCCUUCCUGCCCUCUGAAGAGGUUGGGAAGUGACCACUUGGAUGUCUGGGCCCUGCCAAGGGGACAGGGAGGGUCAGAGGGAGGCCGGCUGCUUCCUGCCCCCACCCUUUCCCUGGGCCUGCUGUGCUGCUUUUGUGCCAAGGUUAGCCAGUCCUUUUCCGUCCAGUUCUGUGUGCUUCCACCUCUGCCUUGUCUCCCCUCCUGCCCCUGCUCCCUUCCCUGCAAAGAAUCAAAAUGUCAGCUCAGGAUAUGGGGCCUAUCUGUGUGGAUCCAACAUGUCCCUGUCUUGCCCUCGUGUCCCUUCAGCCAGCUGGUGCCCACCUCUGAACUCUGUUGCCUCGUUGCAUGGCCUUGUCCUCGGGUCCCCGUCUCCUUGAGCACAGCUGGGCUUCUUCCACCUCCGGGUUUUCUGCCACUCUUAACCAAGGUUGCCUCUUCCAACGAGGGUGGGAAUCUGACCUCUUCCCUAGGUCCUGAUUCUGUGGGAGGGACACAGAGCUCCCCCCACCACCCCACCCUUCACUGAGUUCUAGUGGAUUUGUUCUCAGUGCCUUAGCAACGGAAAACCUGUGCUUGAGAGUGUGGGUGGGUGGGUGGGUGGGGUCCCUGUCUCACACCUCCUCCUCCAUCCCUGUACUCCCCAGUGCCUUCCUCAUUCUGGUGGAGGUGGGCUCUUGCUGCCUCUCUGUCCCACACUGCCAAAAAUCUGUGUGCGUGUGCCGGUGGGGGUUGGGGGGAGCAGCCCCUAGCCUCCCGGGGUCUGUGCCGUGUCCCGUCUCUGGGGCUGUCAUUUCUCUCUGGCUGCUUGAGGAGAAAAAGGUGGGGCAGCGUUCUCAGCCUUGCAGAUAAGUGUGGCAUUUACCAGCCAGAGCUCUGAGAGGCAAUGCCAUCUGUUUCUUGUUCUGGGACCAAAGUCAAAAUCGAAGCACAUUUCCCGUGUCGUCAAGGGAGGCCCACUACCUUCUCAGAGCAGGAGGGCAGCUUUUCAAACUCAGCCCCAAACUUUGUUUACAUGGGUGGGGAGAUGGAACAGGGGAAUAAGGAGAGGGGUGGUUAGGACCUGGGCUGCCGGAACCAAAGUGGGGGACUUGCUGGCACAGGGUACAACUCCCUCUGCUCCCAGAUACGGAAUUAGGGAGGGUUACUGCCCAGCUGUUGCCAAUGGGAGGUGGGGGGAGGGGCUCAGCCUCUUCAGUGUCUACACGAGGCCUAAACGUGUGAAGGGCGAUUUCUGCUUUUGUGUACCCCACCCCCUACCAUUACCGAAGCUGCCUUUGUGUUUGUGUCAAUAAAAAGCCAAACCCUGGGUC